AUGAGAUUCUUGGAAAUCUUUAAGAAACUACAAAUCAACAUACCCUUUGCUGAAGCAAUAGAACAAAUGCCAUUCUAUGCCAAGUUCCUGAAGGAGCUGAUGACUAAGAAGAGAAGCUGGAAGAACAAUGAGACUGUAAUACUAACUGAAGAAUGUAGUGCCAUCAUCCAGCACAAACUACCCCAAAAGUUGAAGGAUCCUGGGAGCUUUCAGAUCCCUUGUAUUAUAGGGGAAAUCACAGUAGAGAAGGCCCUUUGUGACUUAGGAGCCAGCAUCACUUUGAUGUUAGUAGCAAUGAUGAGGAAGAUGAAGAUCGAGGAGGCUAAACCAACAAAAAUGGCCUUACAACUGGCAGAUCGAUCGUUCAAAUUCCCUCAUGGCAUAGUAGAGAAUUUGUUGGUGAAAGCAGGAGACUUCAUAUUCCCGGCAGAUUUUGUAGUGUUGGACAUGCAGGAGGAAGCCAAAACCUCCAUUAUUCGGGGAAGGCCGUUCUUGGCUACUGCUGGAGCUACCAUUGAUGUCCAAAAAGGUGAUCUUACCUUGAGAUUACAUAAUGAAAAGAUGACAUUCAAUGUGUUCAAGGCCAUGAGUUACCCACCAAAAUAA